CGCCUUGGUCGUCUUCUCCUCUCCUCUCUCCAAUACCAAGUCGCGUUUUAUUCUAAAAAAAAAAAAACAAAAAAACGAACUUUCCCUUCAAUACCACGAAAUCACUCGUUGUAAAAUUCUAGGGUUUUUCUGUGUGAAAUCAAUUUUGGUAUAUUUAGGGUUCGUUAUUACUUUUUUACUACUCCUCUCAUGAGAUUUUUAUCAAGAUGUUGAAGACUGAGAAUAAUAAUCUUGAUUUCUGGUCUACUGGUGAUUUGGAAACUAAUGACUGGGAUAAAUACUCGAUUGAUCUUGAUUCACUUAAUGCAAUUCUUUCUGAAGAUUCUGAUCCAUCUAUUGACCAUAAUCAGAGUAGUCCAGAGGAUCUGUCAGGUAAAAGCUUCAUCCAAGCAGAGUUAACUUCUGAUGAUGUCCACAAGGAGAGAGCACCCGAACAUCAAAAUGGUAGUCAAGAAUGCGGGGAGGCACAUCAAGUGGGACAAGAAUCCACUGCUUGGUAUCCUCCGGCAUAUUUGGAUCCAUCAUAUUGUAACUCGGAGAUGGAAUCAGACUGCUUUACUGGGUCUCCAGGAUAUUUUGAUGGCAUGAUAUAUGAUCAAAGUAAACAUGAAGCUCCAUCAAGUACUAACUCUCCUGUUGAUAGCUGCUCUGCCAGUCUUAGAGAUUGGUUUUCAAGUUCUCAUUCAGAACAUGACAUUUGGUCGGGGGAGAGGAGCACUGAUUGCGAAAGGAUACCAAACUUUAUACCGGAUUACAGUACUGCCUUAUAUCUUGCUCAAGGGGAAGGUAACCAGAUUCCAAAUUCCUCUGGUGGUAUGAAUUUCAUGCAUGUGAAGAGUGAAAUUGCUGGGGAGAAUGAAUUCCAGCAUCUGGGAGGAGAUCUUCAUUUGAGAUGUCCUACACAAUUUAUGAUGGAAACAGAGAAAUCAGAGAUCUCUCAUGGAACUUACAGUGCUGCAAGUGGAAGCAGUAUGGAAGAUCUGGGAUCACUGGAAAGAAAUCCGUCUACAUCUUCAAUGGAGUUUCAGUUCAUGGAUACACACCAGCUAUUACCACCAACUGCACCGUAUUCAGAGAUUAGUGAUUGUAGAGUUUCUCAUGUUAAGUCGAGCAACAAUUGUUCGGCAGCAGUGUCUUGUGAAGUCUCAAGUGCUGUCGCUAAUAGUGGAUGUGUCACUGAAUAUUCGACUUCCAUUAAGAGAGAGAACAUGAUGUACACUAAGGACGGGGUAGUGGAUAAUGUUCUAGUGUAUCAAAAUGGGUGUACAAAUUCUGAGACUACUUCAGGAGCAGAGGAAGUAAUAACUAAUGCAUCUCUCAGUGGGAUCUUCAUGAGAGACUGCAUUAAUGGAAGAGAUCCUUCUUCUAAUGCCUCCGGUGCUACAAGUCUAUCGCGGUCUUUAAUUCAGCCACUGCCCUAUACUAAGAAGGAAAUCACUUCUGGGGAAGGAAUUGGCAAAAUUGAACAUGUAGCAGAUGCCAUCAGUAAACGUGUUAAGUACUGCCCUUCACCAGUUGGUAUCAAUGGGCCUUCUAGUAACAAUGCCUUUCACUCGUUGGCUUCAAGUGAAAGGGACAUAAUUUGCAUUGAGGAUGAUGCUGAUUUAUGCAUCCUUGAAGACAUCAGUGACCCCAGAACUCCAGCUUCAGUUUUAGUGCAUGGAAAAUCUCUCGUUACAGCUCACUCUUCUGGAUUCAAUGACUCCAUUAACCCAGAAAUGGGAGUCACGCGGAUUAAUGCAAUUGAUGAAAGGGUUGUUUUUAGAGCUGCAGUGCAGGAUCUUUCUCAGCCCAAGACAGAAGCUAGUCCACCAGAUGGUGUUUUGGCUGUUCCUCUCUUGAGACAUCAGCGAAUUGCUUUAUCCUGGAUGGUCCAAAAGGAAACAGCCAGCUAUCACUGCUCUGGAGGAAUACUUGCAGAUGAUCAGGGUUUGGGAAAAACAAUAUCAACAAUUGCACUGAUACUGAAGGAAAGAUCUCCAUCUUCCAAAGUGACUUCCAUGGUUGUGAAGGAAGAGGAGUCUGAAGCCUUGAACUUGGACGACGAGAAUGGUGUUGUGGACCUUGACGAAAGUAAGGAAGAUGGUUAUUCUGGUCAUGACAUAGUGAAUAAAAAUAAAAAUCUUAGAAACUGUGAGAAUGCUUUUGUUCUGAGGAAGGGUAGGCCAGCUGCUGGGACACUGGUUGUGUGUCCAACAAGUGUCCUUCGGCAAUGGGCUGAUGAGCUGCAUACUAAGGUCAGAAAAGAAGCUAACCUUUCUGUUCUCGUAUAUCAUGGAAGUAACCGCACUAGAGAUCCUUUUGAGCUGGCCAAAUAUGAUGUUGUCCUCACGACAUACUCAAUUGUAAGCAUGGAGGUUCCGAAGCAGCCACUUGUUGACAAAGAUGAUGAGGAGAAAGGGAAGCGACAAGCUGGUGAUAAUUCUCUAGUGGGACUGUCUUCCAAUAAAAAGAGGAAGUAUCCUCCAAGUUCAGGUAAGAAAAAUAGGAAGGAUAAAGACAGUAUGGAUAGUGGAUUGCUUGAUGUUGAUGCACGCCCUCUUGCAAGGGUUGGAUGGUUUAGAGUAGUGUUGGACGAAGCCCAGAGCAUAAAGAAUCACAGGACUCAAGUUGCUAGGGCUUGCUGGGGACUCCGAGCUAAAAGAAGGUGGUGCUUGUCAGGAACACCCAUCCAGAAUGCGAUUGAUGAUCUUUAUAGCUAUUUCAGAUUUCUUAGAUACGACCCUUAUGCUUCUUAUAAGUUAUUCUUGUCAACAAUAAAGGCUCCAAUUCAGCGGAACUCCGAACAUGGGUACAAGAAGCUGCAAGCUGUCCUGAAGACAAUAAUGCUGCGUCGCACAAAAGCCACGAUUAUUGACGGGGAGCCCAUCAUCACAUUACCUCCAAAAACCAUAGAACUCAAAAAGGUGGAUUUCUCGAUGGAGGAACGGGAUUUUUACUCCCAGCUAGAGGCUGAUUCACGUGCCCAGUUCAAAGUUUAUGCAGCAGCUGGGACCGUCAAGCAAAAUUACGUUAAUAUUCUCUUGAUGCUAUUGCGCCUUCGACAAGCUUGUGACCAUCCUCUUCUCGUUAAGGGAUAUAAUUCUAAUUCUGUUUGGAAAUCCUCUCUAGGGAUAGCAAAGGCACUUCCAAGGGAAAAACAAAUGGAUCUUCUAACCACAUUGGAAGGUUGUUUGGCAAUUUGUAGCAUCUGUAAAGACCCCCCUGAAGAUGCUGUUGUUACUAUCUGCGGUCAUGUCUUCUGUAAUCAAUGCAUCUGUGAACACCUCACAGGUGACGAUACUCAGUGUCCUUCUACCCAGUGCAAGGUUCAACUAAGUGUGACAUCAAUCUUUUCAAGAGGAACAUUAAGAAGUUCUGUGUCCAACGAGCCUAGUCAUGAUUGUUCUAUUGGAAAAUCUGACCUGCAACUCGCUGAGAAACUUGAGCCUUGUUCAGAGGGCAAUUCUGAAUCAUCCAAAAUCAAAGCUGCUAUGGAAGUUCUUGAGUCACUCUCUAAACCAAGAAAUUCUGCCAUCAAAGUGAGUUCCUCCGAAAUUAGUGAAAAGAUUGCUUCUGAUUCUCAUUGCAAGGAAUUAGCCAGUGAUACAAUCGGCAAAAAACUUCUCGGUAUGGAGAAAAUUUCGGAUUGCUUAAUCUCGCAAGUCCCUGAGAAAGCAAUUGUCUUUUCGCAAUGGACACGGAUGCUGGAUUUGCUUGAAGCUCGUUUGAAGAGUUCUUCAAUUCAAUACAGAAGACUGGAUGGGACAAUGUCUGUUCUCGCUAGGGAUAAAGCUGUGAAGGAUUUUAAGACACUUCCAGAGGUCACUGUUAUCAUUAUGUCUUUAAAAGCUGCAAGUCUUGGCCUGAACAUGAUUGCUGCCUGUCAUGUUCUUCUUCUGGACCUGUGGUGGAAUCCUACAACUGAAGACCAAGCAAUUGAUAGAGCACAUAGGAUCGGACAGACUCGUCCUGUUUCUGUUUUGCGAUUAACUGUGAAGGAUACAGUUGAAGAUCGAAUACUAGCUCUUCAGGAAAAGAAGAGAUCAAUGGUUGCAUCUGCAUUUGGGGAGGAUGAUGCAGGUGGUCAACAGACUCGUCUCACUGUUGAUGACUUGAAAUAUCUUUUCAUGGGGUAGUUUGUGUCUUCCUUUGAAUCAACUUAGUUUUGGAAUUCAUUCGGUUUCUAAGAGGUCUCUGUCAGUUUUACGGUUCUUGAGGCCAGCACAUAUAUAUAGUUUCCAUAAAAGGUGGUCAAAUAUUUUUGAAGAAAGCACAUGUACAGGCAAGAUAUUGAAAUCAUUUUUUCUUGGUGGACAAAGGAGCAAAGGAGUAAAAGAGAAAUUCAAUUUAACAAUAGAUAUAGAAGAAGGCAGAAGCAGGAAACAAGCAUUGUUAAGUCCAUUAUGUGAAUACAUUGGUUGAAAAAUUUGCACAGUUACUAGUUCUGGUUGAAUAUAGGAGAAAUUCUCUUUGUUUCUCUUUUCUGCAGUCUCUUGCUAAUUGCAGUGUUUAGGUUUUGUUAGUUGGAUAGUAGUGUUACUAGUAGUAUGAUGAUUCUUAUUCUUUUUUCCUUUGUAACCCAAAGUGUAAAUCAGAGAUUUUUGUCACCAUUUUUCAGAUACAAAUAGAAAGUUUAUUUUCUUUUUAAAAA